AUGCCUUCUAUGGCUUCUCCGGGAAAAAUUCUGAAAUUGGAGAUGGAGAACUUCAAAUCCUACAAAGGUCUCCAAACAAUCGGUCCAUUCAAGGACUUCACCGCCAUAAUCGGCCCAAACGGAGCUGGAAAAUCUAACUUAAUGGACGCUAUCAGUUUUGUUCUCGGUGUCCGUACUGGCCACCUCCGUGGUGCCCAACUGAAAGACCUUAUUUAUGCAUACGACGACCGCGAAAAGGAGCAAAAAGGCCGGAGAGCCUUCGUGCGCUUGGUCUACCUGUUGCCUGAUGGGUCGGAGCUCCAAUUUAUCCGGGCUAUUACCAGCUCUGGUGGCAGUGAGUACCGUAUUGAUGGCAAGGUUGUUAAUUGGGAUGAAUAUAAUGCCAGGUUAAAAGAGCUAGGCAUUCUUGUUAAGGCCAGGAAUUUUUUGGUGUUUCAGGGUGACGUGGAGUCCAUUGCAUCUAAAAACCCAAAAGAGUUGACUGCACUUUUUGAGCAGAUAUCUGGAUCUGAAGAUCUCAAGAGAGAAUACGAAGAUCUUGAAGAAAAGAAAGCUAGGGCUGAAGAAAAAUCAGCUCUUGUUUAUCAGAAAAAGAGAACAGUAGUUAUGGAGAGGAAGCAAAAGAAAGAGCAGAAGGAAGAAGCAGAAAAGCAUCUACGCUUGCAAGAUCAAUUGAAAUCUUUGAAGAAAGAACACUUCCUAUGGCAAUUGUAUACUAUACACAAUGACAUCGAUAAGAUGAAUGCUGAACUUGAAGCUGAAAGGAGGAAUCAGGAAGAUCUCAUGCAAGAACUUGAGAAGUUUGGACAUGAAGCAGACAAGAAGAAGAAGGAACAAGAAAAAUACCAGAAAGAGAUUACACAAUGUGAAAGGAAGAUCAAAGAGAGAAGUUUAAAACUUGACAAGCAUCAACCAGAACUUCUUAAAUUAAACGAGGAAAUGUCGCGCAUAAAUUCAAAAAUUAAGAGUAGCCGUAAGGAGUUUGAGAGGAAAAUGGUAGAAAGGAGGAAGCAUGCUGAUGAGAUAGAAAAGCUGGAGACUGGCAUUCAAGAUCUGACUUCCCAAUUGGAUGAUCUACGUGAAAAAAGUCGAGAUGUUGGUGGAAAACUUCCCCUGGCUGACAGUCAACUACAAGAAUACUUUCGGAUAGAAAACAGACAAGAAGUCAUUAUGGACACUUGCUCUUCUGUUGGUACCCUGGUGCUUAUGGAUGAAGAGGAAUUGGGAAAAUUUUAUGGAUUGCUCUCUUUCCAUGCAGCCAUUAUGAUUGGAAUUGUAUUCCAAGCACCUCUGUGGUGCUCGGCUUCUGUGGGUUUUGCAGGGUCUCUCUAUCCAACAUUUAAUGGGUUUUUGGAGUCCUCCUUUGAUUGUUUUCAUUUUGUUUCCUUCAGUAAGGAGGAUGCUGGCAUGAAAACCAUCAAGCUAAGGGAUGAAAAGGAGGUUCUGGAUAGGCAGCAACAUGCCGAUAUGGAAGCUCAAAAGAAUUUGGAAGAAAACCUCCAACAGUUGAAAAAUCGGGCACAGGAACUGGAAGCACAGGACAAACAAAUGCAUGAAAGAAUGCAAAAGAUUCUUGAUGCUUCUACAAAGCAUAAACAUGAGCUGACUGAUCUGAAAAAGGAAUUGCGUGAGAUGCAAGAUAAACAUCGGGAUUCCAGGCAUAAAUAUGAGAACUUGAAGUCUAAAAUUGGUGAAGUAGAAAACCAGCUACGUGAAUUGAGAGCAGAUAGACAUGAGAAUGAGAGGGAUGCUAAGCUGUUUCAAGCGGUUGAGACUCUCAAACGUCUAUUUCAAGGAGUUCAUGGCCGGAUGAUUGAUCUCUGUAGACCAACCCAGAAGAAGUACAACCUAGCUGUUACUGUUGCUAUGGGUAAGUUCAUGGAUGCAGUUGUGGUUGAGGAUGAAAACACCGGUAAAGAGUGCAUCAAGUAUUUGAAAGACCAAAGGCUUCCUCCUCAGACAUUUAUACCCCUUCAAUCAGUUCGUGUAAAGCCAGUAUUUGAACGGUUGCGUACCUUAGGUGGUACUGCAAAGUUGGUCUUUGAUGUGAUCCAAUAUCCUUUGAAAAGUUUGGCGUCGAGCUCAAAUCAUGAUCAUGAUACUUUUCAUGCUUCUGACGUCUACGAAGCUAAGAUUUAUGAUACUUUCUUUCAGAAACAUUCUAUUUUCCUAAAACAUCUUUUCUUAGCUGGGAAGGCAAUUCUUUUUGCUGUUGGAAAUACUCUAGUGUGUGAUGACCUUGAUGAAGCGAAGGUUCUUAGCUGGACUGGGGAGCGGUUUAGAGUUGUAACGGUAGAUGGGAUCCUGCUCACAAAGUCUGGUACAAUGACUGGUGGUACCAGUGGUGGAAUGGAAGCAAAGUCAAAACAGUGGGAUGAUAAAAAGAUCGAAGGCCUGAAAAAGAAGAAAGAACAACUGGAGUCUGAGUUGGAGGAGCUUGGGUCAAUCAGGGAGAUGCAUUUAAGGGAGUCUGAAGCAUCAGGAAAAAUUAGUGGGCUUGAAAAGAAGAUUCAGUAUGCAGAAAUUGAGAAGAAAAGUAUCGACGACAAACUUGCAAACUUGAAAAAGGAGAAGCGGAUUAUUAAAGAAGAAAUUGACCGUAUAAACCCUGAACUUCUUAAGUUAAAAGAAACUGUAAAAAAGAGGGCCACUGAAAUUAGGAAGCUGGAGAAGAAAAUCAAUCAGAUUGUUGACAAUAUAUAUGAACAAUUUAGUAAGGAUGUUGGGGUGGCAAAUAUUCGUGAAUAUGAAGAAAACCAUCUCAAGGCUGCGCAAAACAUGGCCGAAGAAACGUUAAGCUUAAGAGUUCUGAUCGGUCUUUAUACUCCAACCAUAGCUGUUAGUGCCAUCUAUUUUUUGUUGAGGUUGGAGUAUGAGCAAAAACGGGACAUGGAAUCACGAAUUAGAAAACUAGAAUCUUCUCUCAGUGCUUUAGAAAAUGAAUUGAAACAAGUUCAGAAAAAAGAGGCCCAAUUGAAGUUAGCAUCUGAUAAAGCUACUGAUGAGAUCGAUAGAUGGAAGGAAGAAAUGAAAGAGUGGAAAUCCAAGUCAGAAGAGUGCGCAAAUGAGAUACGUGAAUGGACGAAGAAGGGUUCUGCAGUUACAAGCAACUUAUCUAGGCUUACCCGCCUUAUAAACUCAAAGGAGACACAGAUUGCACAAUUAUCGUCCAGGAAGCAGGAUAUAGUGGAGAAGUGUGAAUUAGAAAAUAUAAACCUUCCCACUGUUUCAGACCCAAUGGACACUGACUCACCAAUUCCUGGACCAGAUUAUGAUUUUAGUCAGCUAAAUAGAUCUCUUCAGGAUAGGAGACCUUCUGUCAGAGAGAAGCUUGAGGCAGAUUUUAAGCAAAAGAUGGAUGCCUUGAUAUCAGAAAUUGAAAAAACCGCUCCAAACUUGAAAGCACUGGAUCAAUAUGAGGCUCUGCGAGAGAGAGAAAAGGUAGUCACUGAAGAGUUUGAAGCAGCCAGAAAGGAGGAGAAGCAAAUAGCUGAUGCUUACAAUGGCGUUAAGCAGAGAAGGUAUGAGUUGUUUAUGGGAGCUUUCAAUCACAUAUCAAAUAGUAUUGAUAAGAUUUACAAACAACUGACAAAGAGCAACAGUCAUCCGUUGGGCGGGAUGGCAUAUUUGAGCUUAGAAAAUGAGGAUGAUCCUUUUCUAAAUGGUAUCAAAUACACUGCUAUGCCCCCACAAAAGCGUUUUCGAGAUAUGGAACAGCUCUCUGGUGGGGAGAAGACUGUUGCAGCACUGGCAUUACUGUUCUCCAUCCACAGCUACAAGCCUUCACCAUUUUUUAUAUUGGAUGAAGUCGAUGCUGCAUUGGAUAAUUUAAAUGUUGCCAAGGUUGCUGGAUUCAUUCGAGCAAAAUCAUGUGAAGGAACCAGGGGUAUUGUGGAUGCUGAUGAUGGCAGUGGUUUUCAGAGUAUUGUGAUCUCUCUGAAGGAUAGCUUUUAUGACAAGGCCGAAGCAUUGGUUGGGGUUUACAGGGACUCUGAGAGGAGUUGCUCAAGAACUCUGACGUUUGACCUGUCAAUGAUUGAACCUUCAGGGAGAUCUUCCGAUCAACAACAAUUAAUGGAGGGGAAAAUUGAGAAGAGACACAAAGACAACGACAAUAGGAUGGUUAAAAAAGUGCAACAGGAGGGUAAUGAGAAAACAGCCACCAUCAAAAACCAACAGAUCCAUCUACAAAAUCUGAAUCGAUCAGCUAUUCAAGAAGAUGAAGAAACAGCUGCUUCUAUUGGGUUGGAGCUGAGAAAGCAGCAUGCCUUGAACAAAUUCCGGAGCAUGGUGGAAAAUGCAAUUAUUGAUAAUUUCCUUCUAGAAAAACCCAAGAGAAGUUUUUCAAGGAAAGAUACAGAAAGCGAGAGAAAACAGCAGAGGGAGAUUAGCCUUUGGGGUGUGCCUUUAUUGCCAAGUAAAGGCCAUGCGAGCACCGAUGUUGUGCUGUUAAAAUUCCUGACAGCGAAGGACUUUAAGGUUUACGAGGCAUUCGAGAUGCUUCGAAACAAUCUGAAAUGGCGGAGGGAAUACAAGAUGGAUACUAUUCUCGACGAGGAUUUCCAUCUCGGUCUUGAAAAUUUUGUGUACAUAAAUAGUGUAGGCAAACAAGGUCAGCCUUUGUAUUAUACUGUAUAUGGGGCUUUCAAGAACAAGGAAUUGUGCUGGAAAGUAUUAGGAACAGAAGAGAAUCGUGAAAAGUUUUUGAGGUUAAGAAUCCAAUUCAUGGAGAAGAGCAUCAAGCAACUUAGUUUCAAAGCUGGAGGGGCAGAUUCUAUUCUUCAGAUUACAGAUCUCAAGCACUCACCAGGGCCAGAAAUGAAGGAGUUCCGUUCAGUCCACAAAAAGGCCUCCACAUUGCUUCAAGACAAUUAUCCUGAGAUCAUUCAAAAGCAUAUUUUGAUAAAUGUUCCGUUUUGGUAUUACACAUCCCGUUUUCUAACGUCCAAGCUCAAGAAUCAAAGAAGUAAAAAGAAGAUUAUUCUUGCUAGACCAUCAGAAGUCACAAAAACCCUUCUAAAGUACAUAUCACCUGAAAACCUUCCAGUUGAAUAUGGUGGUCUGAAAAGAGAUGAUGAUAUUGAGUUUUUUCCUGAGGACAAAGCUUCAGAGCUAAUUGUCAAACCAAAUUCAGCUAGCUGCAUCCAAAUUCCAGUCACUGAGGCUGGCGUAACAAUUGUAUGGGACUUUACUGUGGUUGGAUGGGAGGUGACAUGUAAACAACAGUUCAUCCCAGAUGAUGAGGGCUCAUACGAGGUUCUGCUCCGAAAAGACAAGGAGAAGAGAGUAGGAGAGAGUGUUAGGAAUUCGUUUUACAUAAGCGAACCAGGGAAGAUUUUGAUAAGCUUUGACAAUGCAACACUGAAGAAGAAAAGGGUGUACUAUAGAUCUAAGGCCAAACCCACUGUACCAACCUUUAUCAUCUUCAAGAAACAGCUUUAG